CCGCGACGCGACGGAAGUCUGCGCGUGACGUCAUCCGUCUUCGUCCGGCUGCAGCGCCAGCUAACGCCGCAGAAACGAAUCCAGAGUAACGCGCAAACGAUGUGAUUUCAUCGCUAUUUUAGACAGUGAUUCCCUACAAACUCAUCGGUGUGUGCGAAGAUGUGCGAUCUGAGCUCGGCGCUCAUUCAAGAAGGCUGGUACCUUACAGAUGAAGGAAUCGAGGAGUGUAAAAGUUCAUCAGAGAAGGAAAAAGCAUCACCGACUGACAUCAUCCAAGUAGCACUAAACAGUGAUCUGAGACCCAUAGGAAAGAGCUUUCUGCCAACGGACAUCAACAGUGGACGAAUAGAAAAGUUGGACGGCCCUUGUGUCUUUCAGCUGCAGAAGAUCCGUAAUGUCGCUGCUUCUAAAGAUCACGAGGAGUCGCAGGCGGCGCCCAGAAUGCUGCGUCUGCAGAUGACAGACGGACACACGUUGUGCACCGGCCUCGAGUACAAACAUCUGUCCAAAAUCAGUCUGAACACUCCUCCUGGAACCAAAGUGAAGCUCCUGGGGGCCGUCCAGGUUCAAAACGGCAUCCUGCUAUUGGACGAUUCCAAGAUCACGGUUCUCGGAGGUGAAGUGGAUCACAUGAUCGAGAAGUGGGAGUUUCAGAGGAGCCUCGCCAAACACAGCCGCAGAAACAUCGGCGCAGAAGGUGGACCCCCUCCAUUCGUUCCCUUCGGACAGAGAUGUGCUCAGAAGGAGCAGGUGGACAGCAGAGCUCUGGAUCAGAGGAAGACGCUGCAGAGCACCAACGCUGUCAAAUCUGCUGAAGACAACGACGAGUUCGAGAGACAAAGAAUCGCUGCCAUCGCAGAGAUCGCCAAGAGUAAAGAGAUGCGAACGUUCGGCGGUGGAGGCAACGCAGGCGGAAACCUCGCCAAUCCAGGGUCCACCUACAGGAGCCGAGACCCCUAUCAGAGAAAACGAGAGGAGAGAGAAAAGCCGUGGAUGGAGAACAAGUCAGAAGGAGUUUACAGAGAUUUGGUUGAUGAGCGUGCUUUGAGGGACAUCAUGGAGAUGGGGUUUAACCGAGAGGCGUCCAGACAGGCCCUGCUGGAUAACAACAAUAACCUGGAAGUGGCCCUCAACUUCCUGCUCAGUGGAACAAACCAGCCCAACGUGACCCAAACAGAGCAGAGCCGCCCACCGCCUCGAGGAAAGGGUCGUGGAAGAGGGCGCUCCAGACAAGAUGAGGACGAGGAAGGAGGAGGAAGACCGUCUGGGCCCAGCACAUUGUUUGACUUCCUGGAGUCAAAAAUGGGGACAUUCUCCAUCGAAGAGUCAAAGAACCAGCCUUCACCACAAGAGCACCAAUAUAAGAUGACUUUCCCAAGCACUGAUCAAAUGUCCAGAGAUGCCACCCAGUCCAAACACCCCCGGAACGAGGGACGCUCGCAGAGAAACGACAGACCUCCACGUUUCCAGAAGGAUGGAGACUUUCCUAAACCCAGCACGGCCUCUUUCAGUGUCUCCCACCCGCAGAAAUGGAGGGAUGGAGAGCGAACGGGAAGAGGGGGAUCAGAGCGAUGGAAGAAUGAUGCUCAAGACGCUAGAAGCACAUACACAUCGAUGGGGAGGUCCAGGGAACAGCAGGGUCUCUAUGGAAGGGAACAUAACGGGUCGAAAAGCUUUCAGCAGGAACCUCAUAACGGUGGCUGUAAAGAGCAGGAUGGGACAGGACCAGCUGCUUUUAGGAAAAACCAAUCAAACGGAUCCGCGGCACCCAAAUCCUCAAAUCCUACCGCGUCAGGCUCUGAUCCUAAAGCGAGAAACGAGCCCAACAACAGAAGGAAAGGCAAGCCGGAAAGACCCAAAUCAGGCUACUUUGAGCGUUCGGAAGAUGCCACGAAAAAAGACUUUCCGCAGGACACCGGAUCCGGUCAGGGCAUCAAAGUGGGCGGGGUUUCAGACGCACUGCUCCCCAAUGGUGAUUUAGAACACAGGCGGACCGGUCCAAUCAAGACGGAGUCUCCAGCCCCGCCUCAGAAACAAACCAACAUGCAUAACCCCGCCCCCAAGAAACGAUCUGGACCAAUCAAAGGCCAGAGAGAGACGAAUGACGCAAAUAAUCACAUAAUCUGGAGAGCUGGUGACCAGUGUCUUGCGCUCUACUGGGAAGACAAUAAGUUUUAUCGGGCGAGAAUCGACGCCAUCCACCCUUCGGGCUCCACGGCUGUGGUUGUGUUCAGCGACUACGGCAACUGUGAAGAAGUUCUGCUUCACAAUAUCAAACCUCUGCACAUGGACGAAUGGGAUGACGAAGACAUUUACUAUGAGAAUUCCCUUGAAUUUCGAAGAGGAGGAGAUGGACAACCUCGCCGCUCUCGACCGACACAACAAUAUUAUCAACCGCCUCGUGCAAGAGACUGACACGCGUUCACACACACUCCCAAAUCCAAACUCACAGCCUUUCCAUAGCAAGGAAAUUCAUUUCAUUUACUCCUCACUAGUGCUCUUAUGGUAAACCAAUGCACUUAGGUUUACGGCUGUUACUCUUCUGCUCUCCAAGCAUUGUGUAGUCUCUGUAGAACAAUAUAAAUGCAACAUGAUGUUCUCUGCCCAUGCAGAUAAUUAUCAUCUCGUUAUCCACAUGUGAACGACUCUAAUUGGAGAAAAUGACAUGCAGUUUGUUGUACCUUUUCAGAAACAUCAUUAUUAACAGCUAAAUAUUCAGUGAAUAUCAGAAUAUUUCACCUCGAAAUAAAAGAAUAGGUAAUUAUAUUUUGCAUUGUGACAUUAUUAGUGUUUCUUUUUUAUUUAUUACGGCUUUAUUAAUAAUAAGGAAUGGGAAAUAUGAAUACAUUAAUUAUUGUUAAAUUAUUAGCCAUUCUUAUUACUGUUAAAAAUGUAAAAAAUAAUUUUUCAACAGUAUUUUUUCUUUAUUUUGAUUUAAAUAAAACCAUUUUAUUGCUGUUUUUCUAAUGUAAUACAGUAACAACGGCAGUAUUAAAGAAGUUUAAAUCACUCAAAAGUAACGAAUUCCGAAACAUUUCAAAAAUGAGAAUUCGUUGGAAAAACAUCAAACUGUCACAAUCUGAAUGAUACUCAAAUAGUGAAAUGUGACCUGGAGAUAAGAUGUCAUGAGAUCCAGUAAAUAAGCAUUCAUAAAAAUGAUGUGCUGUCUCAUGGCAAUGCUUUGGUUGCGUGCCUGAGUGAAUCUGUGUGAGGUUUCAUGCGAGUUAAAACAACAAAACUGAAUCUGAUACAUUUGUGCUUCAUCUCAAAGAUGUUUUUUUUUCCCCAAUUCAAAGACUGAUGAUUUGAUCUCUGGCUGAGGAGAUAAAAGAACAUAUCUCAGAAAUAUCAGAUCUCUGUCUCGGCAUGGGAGACGGAUUCGUAAGGGCUUGCAGCACAUGUUGCAUCGAUCAAUUCUGGACUGUGAAACUGCUGCUGUACAUGGUGACUAUUUGUAAAGGACUUGAUAUAAUAAUUAUAAAAGCACUAUGCUCUUUUGUUCAAA